AUGGUUACAGCAAACAAAGAAUUUAUUGCACUGCUAGUAUAUGUGGAUAAUAUUGUCAUAGCUAGCAACACAACUCAAGCAGUUGAUCGAGUCAAGAAAUAUCUAAGUUCUCAAUUUAAAUUGAGAGAUUUAGGAGCAGUGAAGUACUUUCUUGGACUUGAGAUAACAAGGAGUUCAAAAGGAAUUUUGAUUUGUCAAAGGAAGUAUACAUUGGACUUAUUGGAAAAAUACGGUAUGCUUGGUACAAAGCCUGUAACUACUCUUAUUGAUUACAGUCACAAGUUAAGCAAGUAUUCUGACAGCAAAGAAAUUGUUGAUUUAACAGGCUACAGGCAAUUAGUAGGUAAACUCUUAUACCUAACAUUCACUAGGCUUGAUAUCUCUUAUGCUGCUCAAGUGCUAUCACAAUUUAUGGAAAAACCAAAGCAUGAUCACUUAUCAACAACAUACAGGGUAUUAAAGUAUCUUAAGGCAGCUUCUGGUCAAGGAAUACUCAUGAAAUCAGAUUCAAAAUUGGUUGUAUCUACAUAUUCAAAUAGUGGUUGGGUAGGAUGCAUUGAUAUUCGAAGACCAGUCACAGGGUAUUGUGUGUUUGUGGGAGAUCUUUAG